GAGCCCGGAACCGGCCGCCCCCUGCCCGGCCAGCCCGGGCUGUGCGCCCCGCUGCCGGGCAGCGCCUGCCCGCACCGCGCCCUGCCCGCCGGGACGGGCCCUGCCCAGCCUCCGGGCAGCCGGGGGCGGAGGCGGCACGGAGGCCCGGGGGGUGCUGGAGCGCUGCCCCCUGCCUGCGGGGCCGGCCGGGGGGUCUCGGCAGCCCCGUUCCGCAGGGCACGUGAAAUGGCAGCAGAUGACAAACGGUCUCCGACACUGGAUUCUGCCGGUGAUCUACCUCGUUCUCCUAGCAGUCCAUCUCAUCUCACUCACUUCAAACCCCUGACUCCUGACCAGGAUGAGCCUCCUUUUAAAUCGGCCUACAGCUCUUUUGUAAAUCUCUUUCGCUUCAGCAAGGAUGAUGGCAGGCUUUCAUCCUCAGCAGAGAGAGCAGAGGCAGCACAGGCUGAUCCACAGGCGCUGAGUGGUGGCUGGUCCAGUCCUCAGCAUCCCACCAGGGCUCAGUCUCUGAGGUCACCAGUUCCUUACAAAAAACAACUAUCUGGUGAGCUGCAAAGAAGAUCUUCUACAACGCUGGACACUCGAAGGAAAGUGGAACCACCUCUUGGAAGUCAUGAUCCUCGAACAGCAGUUCAGUUAAGAAGUCUCAGCACUGUCUUAAAGCGCCUCAAAGAAAUCAUGGAGGGGAAGAGCCAGGACAGUGACUUGAAGCAGUAUUGGAUGCCUGACAGCCAGUGCAAAGAAUGCUAUGACUGCAGUGAGAAAUUCACCACCUUCCGGCGGAGGCACCACUGUCGACUUUGCGGACAGAUCUUCUGUAGUCGAUGCUGCAAUCAAGAAAUCCCUGGAAAAUUCAUGGGCUACACAGGGGAUCUCCGAGCCUGUACUUACUGCCGCAAAAUAGCCUUAAGCUAUGCACACUCCACAGAUAGCAACUCCAUUGGAGAAGACUUAAAUGCUCUGUCAGAUUCUGCGUGUUCUGUGUCAGUGCUGGAUCCUGGUGAGCCUCGUACACCGGUUGGGAGCCGUAAAGCUAGCCGCAACAUCUUUCUGGAGGAGGAUCUAACCUGGCAAAGUUUGAUUCACCCAGACUCUUCAACUACCACGUUGUCUGCACGCCUUGGGUCUGUUCAGGAGGAUGCAGGGAAGUCUCCAGCUAGAAAUAGGUCAGCCAGCAUCACUAACUUGUCGCUGGAUCGGUCGGGUUCACCGAUGGUGCCUACCUACGAGACAUCCGUCAGCCCCCAAGCCAGUCGCACACAUAUGAAGGCAGAGACCAGCGAGGAUGAGCGCAAAAUCCUUUUGGACUCAGUCCAGUUGAAAGAUCUGUGGAAGAAGAUCUGCCAUCACAACAGUGGGAUGGAGUUCCAAGACCAUCGCUACUGGCUGCGGACGCAUCCCAACUGCAUCGUGGGAAAAGACCUGGUCAACUGGCUCAUCAGAAAUGGGCACAUAACCACAAGAGUCCAAGCCAUUGCAAUAGGACAAGCAUUGGUUGACGGACGCUGGCUAGAUUGUGUCAGUCAUCAUGAUCAGCUCUUCCGAGAUGAGUAUGCCUUGUACCGACCAUUACAGAGCACAGAGUUCUCGGAAACCCCCUCUCCAGACAGUGACUCCGUGAACUCUGUAGAGGGGCACUCUGAGCCAUCCUGGUUCAAAGACAUCAAGUUUGAUGACAGUGACACAGAGCAGAUUGCUGAUGAAGGAGAAGAUAACUUGGCCAACUCCGCCAGCCCUAGCAAGCGUACUUCAGUCAGCAGCUUCCAGUCCACAAUGGACAGUGAUUCAGCCGCCUCCAUCAGCCUGAACGUGGAGCUGGACAACGUGAACUUCCAUAUCAAGAAGCACUCCAAGUACCCACAUGUGCCCCCUCACCCUGCCGACCAAAAAGAGUACUUGAAUCCUGACAACGGAGGGCAGCAGAUGUUCUCUAUAAGUGAUGCUUUUAUUAAAGAGUCAUUAUUCAACAGGAGAGUGGAGGAGAAGUCCAAAGAACUCUUUUUCACACCACUAGGCUGGCACCAUAGCAACCUGGAUCUGCUGAGGGAAGAGAAUGGGGAGAAACAAGCCAUGGAAAGGCUGCUCUCUGCUAAUCACAACCACAUGAUGGCACUGCUUCAGCAACUUCUAUACAAUGAGUCCCUGUCCCUGUCAUGGAGGGAUAUCAUUGUACCUGUGGUCUGUCAGGUAGUUCAAACAGUACGGCCUGAUGUCAAGAACAGAGAUGAUGACAUGGAUAUCCGCCAGUUCGUCCACAUCAAAAAAAUUCCUGGUGGAAAGAAGUUUGACUCCAUGGUGGUGAAUGGAUUUGUUUGCACUAAGAAUGUUGCCCACAAAAAGAUGAACUCUUGCAUAAAAAAUCCCAAAAUUCUUCUGCUGAAGUGCUCAAUUGAGUACCUCUAUCGAGAAGAAACCAAGUUUACCUGCAUAGACCCUAUAGUGCUUCAGGAAAGGGAGUUCUUGAAGAACUAUGUACAGCGGAUAGUUGAUGUCAGGCCUAACUUGGUCCUUGUUGAGAAGACUGUGUCCCGAAUUGCACAGGACAUGCUGCUGGAGCAUGGUAUCACUCUUGUCAUCAACGUCAAGCCACAAGUGCUAGACAGAGUAAGUCGAAUGACCCAGGGAGACUUAGUGAUGUCAAUGGAUCAACUGUUGACCAAACCACGUUUGGGAACCUGCCAUAAAUUUUAUAUGCAAGUGUUUCAGUUGCCCAAUGAUCAAACAAAAACACUGAUGUUCUUUGAAGGGUGUCCCCAGCACCUGGGCUGCACUAUCAAAUUGUGUGGUGCUGCAGAGUAUGAGCUGGCCCGUGUGAAAGAGAUCCUGAUCUUCAUGGUCUGUGUGGCUUAUCAUUCCCAACUGGAAAUCUCUUUCCUUAUGGACGAGUUUGCUAUGCCCCCUACUCUGGCAAAAAACACCUCUUUUCAUUCCCUUAUUGAGGAUCCAGGAGAUGAAAAUGAACAGCAGAAUCUUUUCAAUGGUGAGGAUUAUAGCACAGCAAUCAGAGACAUCGAACUCUCCACUGAAAAGCUUCCUGUAAUCUCAGAGUCAGUGUCAUCUGAUGAGGUCACCUUGCUUGAGCAAAGAGGAUUAUUUGAGAGAGGUGACCAAGAGAACAGUCAGCUAGAAACAAUGUCCUCAAAACAGCAGGAGCACCACAAAAUGGAGUCGUCAUUUCCAGUGUUCCACUCUGUACCUCCUGCAAUACCUGAAACAUCUCUUCUGCCCCUCCAUGGCAUGGACCAGCACUUGGUCACUCUGGAUAGUCAGCCACUAGAGCCUCUUCAACAGGCAGAUGAUCUGCAGGAAUCCAAGAGUCAAAUGAGAGUCUUCAGAGACCCUCUCCAGGAUGAUAGUGGUUUAUAUGUUACGGAAGAGGUAACUUCUUCUGAGGAUCGUCUCAAGACUUACUCUGCAGCCUUUAAACAGGAGUUGAAAGAUGUCAUUCUCUGUAUUUCUCCUGUAAUGAUGUUCCGUGAACCAUUUCUUUUGACUGAAAAAGGCAUGAGAUGCCCUGCCCGAGAAUACUUCCCCGAGCAAGUUUAUUGGUCUCCUCUCCUUAAUAAGGAAUACAAGGAAUUGGAAAGUAGGAGGAAGAGACAAUUAUUGCGGGAUCUUUCUGGAUUACAAGGGAUGAAUGGGAGUAUACAAACCAAGGCUAUACAAAUCUUACCUUCCCAUGAGUUGGUUAACACUAGAAUAGCAGAGCAUCUAGGUGAUAGCCAGAGCUUAGCCAGGAUGCUGGCUGACUAUCGGGCCAGAGGAGGGAGGAUUCUACAGAGAAGUACAGAUCCCUUUGCUCAAAGUAAGGAUGUGUUCAGUGUCCCUACUGGAAAAACUGGUUGCAGGAUUGAAGAGGAUGAGAAAGGACUGGCUCAGAGUGAAUCCUCUUGGUCUCAUAAGGUGGAUUGUCUGAGUCCAGUAAACCAUCAGAGACUCUGUGUUCUCUUCAGUAGCUCUUCUGCUCAGUCCAGCAAUGCUCCAAGUGCCUGUGUUAGCCCCUGGAUUGUGACCAUGGAAUUCUAUGGGAAAAAUGACUUGACACUAGGGAUUUUUUUGGAGCGCUACUGUUUCAGGCCUUCCUACCAGUGCCCCAGCAUGUUCUGUGAAACACCAAUGGUGCACCACAUUCGUCGCUUUGUACAUGGGCAAGGAUGUGUGCAAAUCGUUUUAAAGGAGCUGGACUCCCCAGUCCCUGGGUACCAACACACAAUUCUUACUUACUCCUGGUGUAGACUGUGCAAACAGGUGACACCAGUUGUUCCCCUUUCCAAUGAUUCUUGGUCUAUGUCUUUUGCAAAAUACCUUGAGCUGAGAUUCUAUGGGCACCAGUACACUCGAAGGGCCAAUGUAGAGCCUUGUGGUCAUUCCAUUCAUCAUGACUAUCACCAAUAUUUUUCCUAUAAUCAGAUGGUGGCAUCUUUCAGCUACUCUCCAAUCCGUCUGCUUGAAGUAUGUGUCCCACUACCCAAGAUCUACAUCAAACGACAGGCUCCAUUAAAAGUUACUAUUUUGCAGGAUCUCAAGGACUUCUCUCAAAAGGUGUCACAAGUGUACCUUGCUGUUGAUGAUCGCCUUGCUUCUCUGAAAACAGAUACUUUCAGCAAAACAAGGGAAGAGAAGAUGGAAGAUCUGUUUGCACAAAAGGAGAUGGAAGAGGGGGAGUUUCGAAACUGGACUGAGAAGAUUCAGGCAAGACUGCUUUCAUCAUCAUUAGACACACCUCAACAGUUACAAUCUGUUUUUGAGUCUCUGAUAGCUAAAAAGCAAGGUCUCUGUGAGAUGCUGCAAGCCUGGAAUAAUAGAUUGCAGGAUCUCUUCCAACAAGAGAAAGGGAGAAAGCGCCCUUCAGUACCACCCAGCCCUGGAAGAUUGAGGCAAGGUGAAGAAAGCAAGAUCAGUAGCAUGGAUGCUUCCCCACGCAAUGCUUCUCCAGCACUGCAAAAUGGAGAGAAAGAGGAUCGUUUCCUGACUACUUUAUCAAGUCAGAGUUCCACAGGCUCCACGCAUCUUCAGUUGCCCACCCCUCCAGAGGUUGUAUCAGAGCAACUGACUGGUGCCAGCACACUGUCUGAACAGGAUACAACUAGUAGCUCAGAAGAUGUGUUUGAUGGACACUCAUUGGGAUCUACAGACAGCCAAGUGAAGGAGAAAUCUACUAUGAAAGCUAUUUUGGCUAACUUGUUGCCUGGGAACAAUUAUAACCCCAUUCCAUUUCCCUUUGACCCAGAUAAGCACUACCUAAUGUAUGAGCAUGAACGUGUACCUAUUGCAGUCUGUGAGAAGGAACCAAGCUCCAUCAUAGCUUUCGCUCUCAGUUGCAAGGAAUACAGAAAUGCCCUGGAUGAGUUGUCCAAAGCAUCCGUGAAAAGCAGUUCUGAAGAAGGACCACAGCCGAACAGCAUGUCAGACAGCAAACCAAAGAGCAGUAGCCCUGUCCGCCUGCCUGAGACUACCAUGGGUCCUUCAAAUCGUACUGCAGAACCUGAACAACCAAAGAAAUCAUCUGGCGUUUUGUCUUUCUUCCGUGGCACGGGAGGGAAGAGCCCAGACCUGUCUUCCCAGAAGAAAGAGACCUUACGUGGUGCUGACAGUGCCUACUACCAGGUUGGACAGAUGGGCAAAGAGGGAGCAGAAAACCAAGGAGCGGAGCCUCAAGAUGAGGUAGAUGGAGGAGAUGGACAGAAGAAGCAGCUGGUGAAUCCCCAUGUGGAACUCCAAUUUUCAGAUGCGAAUGCCAAAUUCUACUGCAGGAUUUAUUACGCUGGCGAGUUUCACAAGAUGCGUGAAGUGAUUCUGGGGAGCAGUGAAGACGACUUCAUCCGCUCCCUCUCUCACUCUAUGCCCUGGCAAGCACGCGGUGGCAAAUCUGGGGCUGCGUUCUAUGUGACUGAGGAUGAUAGAUUUAUCUUAAAGCAGAUGCCUCGUCUGGAAGUCCAGUCAUUCCUUGACUUUGCUCCACAUUAUUUCACUUACAUAACUAAUGCAGUUCAGCAGAAGAAACCCACAGCACUGGCUAAAAUUCUUGGGGUGUAUCGAAUUGGGUACAAGAACUCUCAAAACAACACAGAGAAGAAGCUGGAUCUGCUUGUCAUGGAAAACCUUUUCUAUGGAAGGAAGAUGGCUCAGGUUUUUGACCUAAAGGGCUCCCUCCGGAAUAGAAAUGUUAAAACAGACACAGGGAAGGAGAGCUGUGAUGUAGUCCUGCUGGAUGAGAACCUUCUGAAGAUGGUCCGGGACAACCCUUUGUACAUCCGUUCCCAUUGCAAGGCUGUGCUGCGAGCUUCCAUACACAGUGAUUCCCAGUUCCUUUCCAGCCAUCUCAUCAUAGACUACUCCCUGCUGGUGGGUCGUGAUGAUACCAACAAUGAGCUGGUUGUUGGGAUCAUUGAUUAUAUUCGCACUUUUACCUGGGACAAAAAACUUGAAAUGGUGGUGAAGUCAACUGGCAUCUUGGGAGGACAAGGUAAGAUGCCAACUGUGGUCUCUCCAGAACUGUACCGGACCAGGUUUUGUGAAGCUAUGGAUAAGUACUUCCUGAUGGUGCCAGACCAUUGGACAGGGCUGGGCCUGAAUUGCUAAACUAAAGCCCAUAUUGGGAAAGCACAAGAGGACAAUGAUGUUACAGGCCACUCUUCCUGUGGCCUGCCCAGCAGUAAGCAAGAGGAUUGCAGUUCUGUGUCUACACUGACCACGUGCAUCAUGUUGCAGAGUGUGAAAUUUGCUUGUUGCACUUUAAUCCUCUCUUGGAGGCUGAUGGGUGAGCCAGCCUCAUUAAGGAUCUAAGCUGUAAGGUACCACUGAAGAGCGCUGAUUGAGACAUUCCCUGUGUCAGUAUGGAAGGUGGUGCUAUCUCCAUGUAUGAGCGCUGAAACCUACUAUCCAGUUCUGGUGGUGUAGAAGUACAUGAUCUCUGUAAGUCUUGCAUUCCUUAAGUGGUGUUGAAUAUGAACAGCUCACAUUUCUGUAGUGGAUGUGUAGUACUGCAAAUGUGAAAUAUCCCCCCACCCCAUGAAGGUGAGUGAGAGAAGAAUGAAGUUAAUUCCUAAGUUUGGCUUUUUUUUUCAGUGAUCUGUAGUUGACCUGUUUAGGAUCCAAGAAUAACUUGUCCUGCUUAUGCUCUGUAGCCUCACUUUUUACUAGGUUCUGUAAACAGUACUUGAGGAUGGGGAAGUAUGCAUGCAUGGAUUUGUUUUGUUGUGUUUUUUUUAAGGCAGCUCCACAAUUAUAAUGCCAUAACUCUCCAAAUCACUACAUCUUUUAAUAGUGCAGUACAGCUCUGUCUAUGUUAAUUUCAUUUUAGCUGAAUCCCAUAAAAAUGGGUUGUCAGUGAUCAGCAUGCUGCAAACCCCAAACAUAUCCCUUCAAUCCUAAACAGGAAUUUGAUCAAAAUAUUGCCCAACUCCCUGGAAACAGGUAACUAAAACAUACCCUUUUAUGUAACAAGGCUCAAUUACUUAUAGUUAUGAAACUGGUUAACUCUUCCCUUAAUAGAAGGCACCAAAUUGCCAGAUGAAAUGCAUGCAGCCUUAGAUUGACAACUUUCUCCUUAAUGAAACCGUUAUUCCCGGCAGAUCACUUAAAAUCCAUUUCAUUUCCUAAAGCCUUUGAAACAAUGUAUUUACCUCAUGGUGAAAUUUUGCCAGGAGAACGCUUUUCUUGUGUUUGUGACAUGCUGAUGAGAAUAAGCAUCCAGAUCUCGUCACACUGUGCUAUUCCAAUGGGAAAAAACUCUCUUCAGCAGUAUUAGACUUUUUUUGCACCAAUAAGAUGAAUGUAUUCUUCUGAAAAAACCUGAACUAACAAGUAUCUUGUAUGAUGGAUAAGAUGUGCAGAGAUCUGAGAAUCUCUACAUUAUGAAAAUAAGCACCUCUUUCCAUUUUUAUUAUUUUUUACCUGUUUUGUAGGUGACAAGUUUACUUUUUAGAUUCAGUAUAAUAUAGGCCAGUAAAUAAGAGUUAUGUUUUUGUUGUUUUUGUUUUUUUUAAAUGCAAGUUUGAGAAGCAAGAAUACUGUCCUUGUCCUUCCAGUCUCUGAAAGGACUUCAGAUGUGGAGUCUGGGACAGUAUAGCUCUUUAUGACCACUUACUCAUUCUGAUCAGUUGCUUGGUAAUUCCAUCUUCACUGUAGCUAUGGAUUGAAAGGUGCAUUUUUUUUCACUCCUCCUGUGUUCAGUAUUUUCUUCUGCAGCAGAUGGUGGUGGCUCUGGUCAGGAGUGACACCUGGGCAGCAUUGGGAAAGGAAAGGACAGUGAAAACUGAAUUGUUGGCUCUGAAAACAACCAGUGCAGUUCAAGUCUGAGUUGCUGGAAGACAAUAGUCAUUCGUGUUGGAAGAAGUCUUUCCUACUCCCCACCGUCAUUUCCAAUGAUGAGCAAAAGUACUGGCCUUGAAGCAGCAGAAACGAAAGUAUUCUUGCUUCCUCUGUCUAAUGUAAUCUCUGUUUCUGGGGGUGCAGUGUGGAAGGCUGCAGUGAUGUGUGCUGUGGAAAGACGACAGUUCUGCUUGACUCGCUCUGGCAUGGAAUCAUUCCAGUUCAGCACAGGGCAUUGGGUGAAGCUGAUUACCCCUGGGACACAUCAUCUCCUGCGUUGAAAUGUGCUCCCAGGUUGGUUAUUUGUGUAGGGCCUUGUGUAAUGAGGAACCAACCUGUCCAUCAGCUCAACGCUAGUCAUUUCUGUGUCUCCUGCCUUCUGUCUUGGUCCACUGAUGUUCAGGAAAGAGCCUGACAUGUAGCCUGAAUCUGUUCUGUUCUCCAUUAAAGAUUACAUGUCGAGUUUCUCCUUCCUAUCCUGAAGUUUAUAGGGAAAAUACUUGACUUGCCCGAAAUCUAAGGUGACCCAACAGCAGCUUGUUAUCUUUCACUUUAGUUAAUAUGUGCAGUGGAUGAUGGACCAUGAAUAUGGGCAGUGUCGUGGCAUCUGCAGUAGUAUGGUGCAGAGCUGGGCUUUGCUAGCCAUCUUAUCACCAGUAAUCCUUACUCCAGAGUGGUAUGUGGCUGUUCUGCUUGUCUUCCAGAGUCCCAAGCAGCUGGCUGUAAAGUAACUUGGUCAUCCGAUUGUAGUUUAUGUUCCCCUGUUUGUAAUAGCACGAGGCCUUUCCCACUGGACAAAAUGGGAGAACCCUCCCCUCUGGCCAGCUGUUCUGCAGCCCAGUUGUUUGAAUUGCAGUCUUGGGCUGAAGUCAUAGCAUUUGGAGAGAUCUUGGGCUGGAAUCAACAGUUAACUUUUGGUCAGGAUGUGGCUCAGACUAGUACUGACCAGCCUGGAGUAGGUAGCAAACUACUAGUCAUGGGUGAAACAGUAGCAUUAACUGGAAUUGGGACAUCUUUGGGUGUCAUGUAACCUAAAGCUGGAAGCAUUGCUACUUCAAGUCCCAGAAAUUGAAUAGAUCCCCCCAGACGUUUCCUUUUUAUGUUAAGAAUUGUCCUGGCAUUUCACUUGCUACAAAGCUGAUGUUCUUGAAAGGAGAACAAUAGUUCAUGCAGAAUAGAUCCUUCUUGUGGGGCUCAUAGGCCUGUGUCCCUGCAGCAUGCCUAAGGAUGUCUUAAUGGAGUGGCCUAGGUAUUAAAUAAGCCUUUUGAUUAGAGCAUUUUAUUUCCUUGUAAUGCAGGUGUAGUGUAUGUGUGCAUAAGCAAAAUCCAGUUGUAAAUGCACUGUGAGACUGCAUUUUUUUUCCAGAGUUGCACUGGCUUGUCUGUUUUGAACUGAGGCCGUGUGACAAACAUCUAAAUCUUGUCCCAUUCAGAAGCAAUGACUUGUUUCAAGUCGUGUAGACAGCAAGUUGCCUUGCAGUAGCCCAGGGCUGUAUUCUGUUCCCCAAAAGCACAUGAGGGACUCUUGCUAGUUAAGGAGCUCCAUUGGGCUCAGGUGGAGUUACCUGUGGAGUGGGCUGUCCUCUGUGAGAAUGACCAAAACCAAAUUAAUCACUCACUAGCAGGAGGCCAGACUAACCAUUAUUCAAAGCACUUCAUGUAUCAUAAUGUAUGUAUUUCUAAUCUACCUUGGUUCAACUGUAUUUUAUAAGAUUGAUGUACUAAACUAUUUGAGAGUAACUGCCUUGACUACUUGGAGAAUCAAAAUGUAAUGUAUAUAGAUAAAAAUGCAAAUAAAGUGACUAAAAUA